AUGUCGAUAUACUUUUUUAUUGUUUACGUAUCAACUAAACUAAACUCUGAAGCUUUGAGGGAUCAUCUUUAUAUUGGUAUAACCGCACAUACUAGACCACCGGAAGAAAAUGACGAGGAGAAGAUACCUAAAAGCCCCAACAAAAGACUUAAGAUGGAUUUCAGCCCUUUAAUGCUGUUGUAUUUUCAUUCGAUUCAUCAAAACAUGAAGUCUGAAUGGGAAUUUUUAGAUCUUGAUAUGAAAGGGUCCAAAGAAAAAGGGGAGCAUACCACAAAGUCAGUGACUCUUGGUAUAGAUACUGAUAAAGUUCAUUCUCAAAUUCUGUUGGUAGACAUCGAUAUUAUUAAUGCAGUAUAUGCCAAUAAUAGUCAUAGAGGUCUUCGUCCUCCAAAACACAGAGCAAAAUAUGCUUUUAGCCCUUUCAGUGCAACCCGUACCGUUUUGGAAGUGUAG